AUGAAAUCUGUGUCUUCUACCGUUGAGAAUAACAUCACUUUCUUAGAAGAUGAGUUGAUCUGGCAACCUUCUACCUUGGGAUCUUUCACCUUCGACACAGUCCAACAAUCUCUUGUGGAGGAGGUGCCAUGCAUCCUACGAAACUCUGAAGGUUUGUUUAUUGUUGCAUUAUCUUUUCCCCUUACAGCCUCCUGUGCACUAGAAGCGGAAGCUCUUGCUCUUGCCUUUGCUAUGAGAUGGUGUGAUCUGGCAGCUCGUAAACCAACUCUCAUUCAAGUGGAUUCCUCGGUUCUUGUCCAUAUCAUUCUUAAUCACGAAGCUCCAAUCCCAUGGAAGAUUCGACAAUCAAUUUUCACCAUUAGACAUUUGCUCUCGUCAUGGUCAUCUUCAAUUGCUCACUCAUAUAGAGAAACAAACAAGGUUGCAGAUUCUUUAGCUUCUUUUGGUUGUAAUCUCCUUUCUCCAUCUGUUUUUUUCACCCCCAUCUCUUUACCUCCUUCUGUUAUCUCUUCUCUUUUGUAUGACUGGAGGGGUCUUUUGACCCCAAGAUUAUCCUCCUAA